AUGAUCGAACAGCAAAAGCAACCCCGUACAAAGAAGAAGCGUGCCCUAGAUGAUCAAGUCUCCAGUCCAGCCAAGAAACAAAAGGAUGACAAACCUCAGGAACCGACACAGGAUGAAAUCGCACUUCAGUUUAUGCCCGUACAACAACACGAAGUCAUCAUUCCUUCUUACGCUGCUUGGUUCGAUAUCGCCUCCAUUCAUUCCAUCGAAACUCGUGGAUUACCCGAAUUCUUUAACAGUAAAAACAAGUCAAAAAACCCUUCAGUCUAUAAAGAUUACCGCGAUUUUAUGAUCAAUACCUAUCGUUUAAAUCCUUCCGAGUAUUUAACAGUGACAGCGUGUAGACGAAAUAUGACCGGUGAUGUAUGUGCCAUUAUUCGUGUUCAUGCGUUUCUGGAGCAAUGGGGCCUGAUUAAUUAUCAGAUGGAUCCUACGGCCAAACCUACAGCCAUCGGUCCUCCCUUUGAAGGUCAGAUUAAAAUUAUUGCAGAAUUACCUCCUGGAUUAAACAAAUAUGCCAACGAAGAAGGUGUCAAUCAAAAAGAGGCCGAAGCAAACAAGGAAAAUCUCCAUCAAACAAAUACAACCAAACCAAGCGUAUCAUCCUCAUCAGCAUCGACAUCACCACCAUUAGUAGCAGAUACAGCAGUAGCAGCAGCACCAUUAAAAGAAACAACGGCCGUACCCCAACCCAUCGUAUUUGAUUUAAACCUGGAUCUUCGCAAAAACAUUUAUGAAAAGACACCUAAAUGUACCGUUUGUGAAAAGGAAACUGACGAUGGAUAUCAAAACGACGCCGAAUUUAUCUGUGCUGCCUGUUUCGAAAAAAAGGACACCAGGGAUGGUUUCAUAGCUAGCAAAGACCAUUGGACGGAACAAGAAGAUCUUUUGUUAUUAGAAGGACUAGAAAUGUUCCCUACCGAUUGGGAACAAAUUGCUCAGCAUGUCGCUACCAAGACACGCGAAGCUUGCAUCUUACAUUAUCUUAAAUUACCCACUGCAGAUCCACGUAUCGAUCCUCACGUUCAGUCAUUAGGCCUAUUAAACUUUGAUCAAAAAACACCCGUGGAAAAUCCCAUCAUGUCCGUUGUGGCCUUUCUUGCAUCCCAUGUCAAACCCAAAGUGGCUACUGCCUCUUCUCUGUUCGCCAAUGAUGAUCAGCAAGAACCAGAGCAAGAAGAUGUUACAGAGAUGGAUGCCGAAUCGGAACGUUUGGAAACCACCUAUGAAUUAAUCCGUGCCAAAGUCAGCGAGUUCUCCUCACGUUUAGCGAAUUUCGGACACAUGGAGAGUGUGGUGGAUGAGCAACGUCGUGGGUUGGAACGCGAGAAAUUCUUGAUCAGACAAAGUCAUUUGGCGAUACGUAAUCAAAUGGAUAGUAUUUAUCACUCCAUGUUUCAACAUCGACAAGCGAAAGCUUUGCAAGAACAACAGCGUAAAUUGGCUCAAGAAGCCGCCGCUGCUGCUGCUGCUGCAUCGGCAAUAGCAACAUCGGCAGCCGCGGCGGCGGAAUCCACUGCUGCCGUUGCGCCUAUUACGUUUACUGCACCUGCUCAACCCACUGCUGCUGAACCCACUGCUGCUGCACCCACUGCUGCUGCACCCACUGAUGUUGCACCCACUGCUGUUGCACCCACUGCUGUUGCACCUACUGCUGCUGCACCCACUGCUGCUGCACCUACUGAUGUUGCACCCACUGCUGAAACAUCAACAAUUACUGAAUCAGUAACCAUUACAGAAACAACAAAAGUAGCUCCAGAAACACAAGAUCCAAAAUACCCAGAACAGACAGUAUUUACACCAACAAACUAA